AUUGUUAUAAUGUUUUCCCAGAAUGCAACWGACCUGUUGGCUGAUCUUAUUUUCAAAAUAAGAAAUGGAUCCACACCUAUUUCUGGAAGUGGUGUCAUGUGCUGUAUUCUUGCCCUGGAGGAGUUUGGCUUUAAAUUGGCAGAGCAUUUUUUGUAUACCACGUCAUCUCACAAUCUGAGUCUAGAGACAGAUUUUUUUGCAUUUCAAGCCCAGCUAAUGAAAAGUAACACAUCUCAGAACUUUGUAUUCCCAAGCAAGAAUGCCAGUCGAUAUGGGGCAUUAAUUGUUAUACCAAAGGAUAUCUUCCUGUUAAAAGAUGGUGUUGUUGCGAGUAUUCUUUAUAAAGACCUUCACAUCUAUCUGAAAGAAAUGUCAUUCAAUUUAACAAAAAAGGAAGUUGGAACGAACAUAAUUUCUGUAACUGUCAACCCAAARACAAGUAGUCUUGCAAAAAACAUCACACUUCACUUCAAGACUCAGGAAGCUGCAACUUUCCCAAAAAAACCUGUCUGUGCAUUUUGGAAAUAUGCUCAAGUACUGAAAACUAAAAGUGGUUGGUCUGGAGAAGGUUGUACUUUAACAAAAGCUGAUGACAAAAUGGUGGAAUGCUCAUGCAAUCAUUUGACUCACUUUGCGGUGCUAAUGGAGGUUGGUGAACAAAAGGUCUCAUCAUCAGACCAGGCUGCUCUAUCUGUUAUAACAUACAUUGGAAUUGGAAUAUCACUGAUUGGGUGUUUUCUUACCCUGGCACUACACUUUGCUUUUGUGAAUGUGCGUGCUCAGCUCUGUCAGAUUCAUAUCAACCUUGUUUUAUCCAUUGCCAUUGGUCAAAUUAUCUUCAUCGCAGGAAUUAAUGCAACAGAGAACCUGAUAGGAUGUGUCUGUGUUGCUGCUCUGAUCCAGUAUUUUUAUCUUGUGGCAUUUUGCUGGAUGCUCAUUGAAGGUAUUCAACUCUACUUAAGGAUUGUGAAAGUUUUCAAUGUGGAGCAUGGAAUGCCAGCAAGCUAUGCCUUUGCCUGGGGCCUUCCUUUUGUGAUUGUUGUAGCCACCAUUUCAGUAUCAGUUUCCACUGAGGUUGGACUGCAGGGAUUUGUUCAUACUAAAUUUUGUUGGCUCUCUUUUAAAAAUAAACUGKCAUGGACAUUUGUUGGACCUGUCUUAGCAAUAACUUUGGUGAAUAUAAUUUUAUUGCUGCACGUAAUMUGGGAAAUGUCUCGAAUGGAUAAAGCAAUGGUUGGAUUAUUAUUUCUUAAUUACAAUAUUUUUGUCAAUAGGAAGACAGCCAAGGCAUGUAUAGUUCUUUUCCCUCUUCUUGGUGUCACUUGGUUGUUUGGCGUCCUGACUAUGUCACAAGUGGGUGUGGCUGCCCAGUAUAUUUUCACAAUCAUGAAUUCAAUACAGGGUUUCUUGAUCUUCCUUUUCAAUUGUGUUAGAAAUAGUGAGAUAAGAUCAAAAGUCAAGAGCAAAUUUCAUUUUUUUCAUCGCCCCAGAACACCAUCAACCAUCAUGCCCAGUCCCAACCCUAUAACACUUCGACAGUCUGAUAAUGUAACUAUGACAGCAUUUAACAAGCGAUCGGCAGAAUUACCUGAAGGAGAACAAGUGCUCAAUAAUAAGGGGCAAGAUGCAAAAGAAAAACAACUUUGUGUAAAGAAAAAUAACAAGGAAAGUAAAAGUGCCAAAAAAACUCAGAGAAAAGGAAACUCAGAGAAACCUCAGAAAAACUUAGAGAAAAGACAGAAUUCAAAGAAAGUUUGAAAAAUUUGUUACUGAUGUAAAUUGUAUAUUGUAAACUGACAUGUAUAUUGUAAACUGGUCAUGAAUACAUGUAGAUAGCACAAUAAAUAUUAUAUUGCCUCCUGA